AGAGAAAUAUAUCUUCGAGCUUACAAACCUAGUAGUGGUGUUGGUAAUAGUGUUGGAAUUUUGUCAAAAAAUUUAGAAUUUAAAUAUUUCUUGAAUUGUAAAACUGAUUUUGAUGUGGCUUUUGCUGCAAUCGAUGUAAUUUUUUUAAAUUAAGGGCGGAUUAGAUUUAGAAACGAUUAAUUCACUAGUUUGAAAGUAAUUUUAGAGAAGAAUUUUGUGUAAAUUUUUUUUUUAAUUUUUCCAAAAUCUACUGAGCUGACGUACGGACAUACUCAUAGGAAUAGUCAGAUAGCUUCUUAAGUAUGGAGAGUAGAGGUAAGGAGAACCGUCUUAUAUGGGGGGAAAGUUGAAAAAGUGUCCCGCUGUACCUCUACCCUCCAUACUUCUUAAGACAUCUUAGACAUUAGCAUCUCUCAUCCAGUAAGAGCUACACCGGGAUCACCGGGAUGCCGGAUCCUCUUGGCCAAUACACGGCAUCUCUAUGAGAGAUUUGUUUGCUUCUCUUGUGAUCUUCUCAACGCUAUUUGAUGCUGGAGACAGCUUAUUGAACCAAUAUUAAUGGGAAGUCUGUAAUGUAAAUCAUGGGGUUUCCAAAUUAUUAACUUCUUCUUUUAUUAUUGUUUUUUAUUACCAUUGCUCUUGUACUUUUUUUUUUUUUUAAAGAAAAUUUCAUAUUAAACAAUACAGAGUAUAAUUAUAUACAAGGUUAUUGGGUCAUAGAGACGAUUGGUUUAGCCGCUCGAAAGUUAUUUUGAAAAAACAUGAUUUUGACAAAUUUUUUUUUUUUGGCUUUUUUUGGAAUUUCUUAAAAUCUAUCGGGUCGAAUCGAUUCAAAUUUUCAUACGCACAUACAGAUAUGCUAACGUCAUCGUAAAAUUAGUCAGAAUAAGCUUCCCAGGACGUAAAAACGUCGAUAUCUGAUGAUAAAAACUCGAUUUUCGAAAUCGGGGUGAAACCAAUAACUUUCCUAUUUUUUUGAAAAUUUUAAAUUUUCUUAGCGGGAAGUUAAAAAUGAAAUGUGAAAAGUCACAAAACCCUUUGUUAUUUAAAUGAGAAAUCUAUCGUUAAAAUGCGGAACGAUUUAGUCUGAAAAUUGAAAGCUAAUUUUUGCUGUCUGAUAUUUUUUUUUUUGGAUCAUCAAUUAAAAAUUACGGUACGCUGCAAGAAAAUAAACUAACUUGGUAAAAAAUGGACAACCUGAUGAUUAUACCUUGACAAAGUAACUAUCUAAAGAGCUGUAUUAUGUUUUUAUAAACCUAAUAGAUUAAAAUUGCGUGUGACAUGUAACUAUGUUAUAUUAAAAUUUAUUUCUUAUAUCAUGAAUGCAUCUUAUCUUGAAAUUAUCAAACUGAAUGUUUUAAAUAUUUAAAAUUGUACAAUAUUCAUGUCACAAUUAUCAACUGUCUGGUCGAGGUUUGCAGCUAUAACAUUUCUGUUUCUACAUAGAGUUCGUUAGUUCCGUAAAUAAGGUUUACGAAGAAAAAUUUGAGUAGAAAAAUUUUUCAAAAUGAAAGAAAAAGUCAAUUCAUCAAAAAUUUUUUACAUCAAUGAUUUUAAUAAUCUAAAGAAAAUUGAUUAUUCCGAAGACGAUUCAUUUACUACAAAUAUAGGCAUGAGUAAAAUUCAAGCAAAAACUCUGUUUCAAAAAUAUUAUAUCGAUUUUGCUAGCUCUUCAAGUAUUCAUGGCUUUAAUCACAUGACAGCACCUCGGCGACAUGUAAUCGAACGUUUUUUAGCCGCAUUCUUUAUAAUUGGAGCGUUCAUCAGUUUAAUAUUUUUAUCAUUGACAUUCUGGCAACGUUAUCAAGAUUUCUCUACAGUAGUUGUUUUCGAUCAUGAAUAUCGACGAUUCAAAAUCACUCACCCAGCUGUGAUAGCAUGUCCAAUAGUUCGCAUGGAUGAGAGUAAAUUUCCAGAAGUUUUCAAAAAGUACAAUUUAGCAAAUACCACUGAUAAUAGAUACUUCUUUCAAUUCCUUUCUAAUGCAACGUACUCCACAUUUGAUCAAACACCCGAGUUUACUGCUGUCGAACCUACGAAGUGGUUAUCAAUUUUAAAUGAUCUUAAGCCAGAUGUCGAUUAUUCCUCUUCAGAUUUAAACAAAGCUACAUGGGUUGUUACUGAACAAGGAUUUUGUCUAGCGUUUAAUAAUUAUGUCAGUCCAUAUUCUUCAGUGGAAUAUUGGCAAAGCAACAAUUGGACAAUUUUACCACUUUCUGGUGAUAAUUUUUAUAACUAUAAAAAUCGAGAAAUACCAAACACUAUCAAAAUAAAAACUCAUGAUGUUAUGAUCAGUAUUUACUAUCCUGGUUCAGCUGUAACUCUGGAAAACAAAUUCUACAAGUCAAUGCGCACAGCUAUGUCCCAAUUAACACUCUUUGUUGGUGAAAUAAGUAGCUCAAAUCAAGUUACAGAACUAUCAUUAAGACAACGGAAGUGCAUGUUGUCCGAUGAAGGUAAACUCAAAAUGUGGCCAAUUUAUACUAAAGCAAUGUGUUCUCUUGAAUGUAGGUAUAAUAAUAUACUGAGAAUUUGUGGUUGUUAUCCACAUUUUGCUAGACCUACAAACGGAAUACCAAUAUGUGAUUCCAACCAACUUCAAUGCAUUGGUAAGAAUCUCGACAAAGUUCUGUCGUUGGAAGAAUGUGAUUGCUAUGCAGAUUGUGACACAACAUUUUAUCUUGAAGAAUCAUUCUCGACAAUCGAAUUAAAAAAAGGAUCUCCAGCGGAUGCAGUAGUAACAGUUACUAUCGUAUUUCCUACAGAUAAGUUUAAACGUGAACAAUUAUUUGGAUUCAAUGAUUUUCUAGCUUCUGUCGGAGGGGCAGCAGGACUCUUUUUGGGGGCAUCCGUCAUAUCCUUCAUGGAAAUUUUGUAUUUUGCUACAUUACGUUUAUGUUGGUAUAAACAAAAAUUCGAUAAAAAAAAUAAAACAGAAUCGGUCACAUGGUUCAAUAAAAUUAAAUAGUCAAACAUUCAAAAAAUAAUAAUUAUUAUUAUUGAUAAUAUUUACAAAUUAAAUAAUAAGUUACUUUAAAUGUUCUUGUGACGACUAUACACAAAUAUUUUAUUUACAAUUAAUUAUUGUUGAAUAUGAUGGUCAUUGGUAAUACUUUGUAAAGAUGUCACAAUAUCACCAAUAGGAGAUGUUAAUUCAGUUUCGGCUGUAGAGAAGCAUGUAAUGAAAGCCUCUUUUUGAGAUUUAUUUGAUAACUGCAAAAUAUUUAUAACAAACAUAAAAUAGUUAAAAUAGCAGAAAGUCAAAUGUAAGCUUGCACAUUUUUAUGUCUUCGCUAUUUAAGUAGUUGUAUCACGCAAACUAUAAUGUACUAAUUUUAUUAGAAUUUCAACUAUCUCUUACUCAAUUUUACCUAUAAAUAAUUUCAAACAUAAUUUAAGAAGUUAAUCUACUUUGGAUGUAUGAAAAAUAACGCUAUUUUUAUAAAUUUUUUUGAGAAUACUGUUAUGUUUAUCCAUAUGAAACUUGUUAGGCUUAACAAAAACAUUCAUAAAUAAUAAAAAAAUUUUUUAUUGAUUUUAACCAAUUUUUUAGUGUAUAAUAAAUGCCAGGUAAACAGGAGUCCUUAAAAAAUAGGUUGGUGUGCGCUGUUGAAAAAAUUUCAGAAACUUCUAAAUAGAUUCUUAUAAAAUUUCAAUUGCAUAUUCUGUACACUUAUCGUUAUAUCAUGUAGCAGAAUUAGUGAAAAAUUGAUA